AUGUGUGAAAUCCAAUCCCUUGUGGUUCGACCCCUAAAUACUACAAUUAUAUGUUGUGCACUUGCAACACUAGUUGUCUUAGGGAAUUAUUACUUGUACUCAUCCCAUAGAUGCCGCGAUCAGUACACCUUCCUGGAUCUGUGCGCAAGGAUCGCUAAAUCAGGCAACUUCUCGGGUACUCCCCGAAGACCUUUCUUACCAUCGUCCAGGCAGCCUUUAUGCUCUCCUCCCCUCAUUCCUCUAGUCUCCAUCCAACAGAGGUGUAUCUCUCUAACCGGUCUCGAUGAGAUCCGACUGUUCUUCAUAACCUCUCAAACCCUCUGUUUGCUGGUAACUUUUGAUCCCUUCUACGUCGGAGAAGUUUCACUUAAUGGUGUUAUCUUUGUGCUCUCACGACACUCUGCUACCUCUGCGAUGGCCGGAAAGAGUAGAUCCGGCAAAUGCUCCCUCAUCUCUCCGUCUCCCCACGCCGCCGUAGUCUCGUUCCUCAGCGCUAAAUUGAUUUGGGCCUGGCCCACCAAGCCCCAUUUGGGUUGUCGCUUCUCCACACUCAUUGGGCCUUACCCAAGUUUUGUUGUGGUUUCUUGUGCAUCUGUUGCAUCACCGCCUCUUGGUUGUAUCCGAGGCACCUUCGCCGGGAUAUUUUCAGCUUUCUUUGUAUGUGAGAUGUUUAAUAUUCCACCCUCCUCCCUUGGCAAGGAGAGAUCGUUUCCAUCGUCCUUCUUUCACCGGAAGAGAAUUUCUCCACCAUACCCGCUAUUUUGUAUAGGGGUUAUAUCUUCGGGUUCAUUCCCCGGAAAUCUUACCAAUCUCUCCACUGUCUUGUCUCCUUGUGUAUCUUCUUGCACGGAACCAGAAGAGGCAGCCAGGUUCAUCUCGACGAAUCCCGGAGGUGAGGAUUGUGUAUCAACGUCACAAUGUAAAGUGACUAAGUUUCGACAUUCCGGCUCUGCCAUGAAAGUUAUCUUGACGCAUCCAAACUUUGUUCCGGAUCCGCUGUCAUCCUAUCUUGAGGAUUCAUAUGCUUCAAGCUCUAUCUUCUUAUUGUUGUUUGUUUUAGUUAAUGAGGAUGUAACAUUCCCUCCUUUUGUGACUUGA